CUGAAACACCUGUUACCUAAUAUUCUAGUGUCGCUUCACUGAAGCGAAAAACAUGUAUAUUUUAUCAUGUGAAGUAGUGGUUCCACAUUCUGCGAGUCGUUUUAAAUAUAACAGUACAUUUGUUCCAGAUGAACUUGUCUGUGCGGUGGAUUGAGCAAUGGCCCUUCUUGUUUCUCUUGGGUUUUAGAGACAAUGUCUGAAAUAAAAAAUCACGGCUAAAAAGCUUACACUAUCAGAAAACCGCGUAUCCGGUGUUUCUUUGAGGUUGAUUGCAUUGUUCAGAAAUCUUUUCAGCCCAGUUUGUAAGAUGGCCAUACACAGUACCAGAAUGCGGAUUUCAAUACCUAUGUCCAUUGUUAAUAUGCAUAUGAAUAGUAUAUGGUUUUAUGGCAUUUUUCUGAACCUCUCAGGUUCCUGGGCAGACAGGUCCCCCCUCCAUGAAGCUGCUUUCCAUGGCCAGCUGCUGGCUCUUAUGACCCUGGUGGCACAGGUGUGGUGGGGUCCUUCCACAUGGGCAGACACGAGGGGUGGCCAGGGCGUGCCUGGCUUCAGCGUGAACAUUGUCACCAUGGAGAAGGUGUCUCCCCUUCACGACGCCUGCCUCGGAGGCCGAGUUUCAUGUGCCCGAUUCUUACUGGAGAAGGGGGCUGCUGUGAGUGUAGGAAGAACUGAACCUCCCCACCGCUAUCUAAUGCUCAAAUCUGAACGGCUUUUUCAUUCCCACCUCCGGCAGGUGAAUGCAACCACAAUUGACGGAGUGACCCCCCUCUUCAGCGCUUGCCGGGGUGGCAGCCCCGCCUGCGUUCAACUGUUGCUGGACCAUGGCUCCGCCCUCCACCCCACCCACGGCUCCACCCUUCUGGUGGCAUCUCCUAUCCACGAGGCUGCACAGAGAGGACACUGGGAGUGCAUGGAGAUUUUAAUAGCCCAUGGGGUGGACCUUGAUCUUGAGAUCCCGAAGCUUGGAACCCCUCUGUACAUUUCCUGUGUAUCUCAGAAGGUUCACUGUGUUGAGAGACUCUUGCAGUUAGGAGCCGAUGCCAGUCGAGGGAGGGGGCAGGACACCCCGCUGCAUGCCGCAGCAAGGCAGACAGAUGUCCAUGUGGUGGAGCUACUGAUAGACUAUGGGGCAGACGUGUGGAGCAGGGAUGGAGAGGGGAGGAGGCCCGUGGAGCUGGCUAUGCCCCUUAGCCUGGUGGAGGCAGAACUACUACUGAGAGAGCACCCCCCCGCCCUCUCCCAGUUAUGUCGCCUUCACAUCCGCCACGUCUUGGGUUCAGUGCGGCUGCACUUGGCCCCCAACCUCGGCCUUCCCAGUCACCUGUACAGCUUUCUGUUUUACAGGUCUCUUUAGGCCUGACCCAGGGAGUUUGGAUCACAGCCCUCUGGGACACGGGUCAGGAACCUCUGCUCCGUCUUUUUCUUUUUUGCUUAUGUAAUGAACUUAUUCUGUUUUUGCUCCUUCGUCAAUUAAAUGUUAAAUUGACCCUAAACGAAUGUUUAUAAACUUUAAAAUGUAUUCAAUUGGCAGUGUACAGUAACAUUAAAGUAGGAUUAAUGUCUGUUCUAGCUGUGAAAUGUAAUCGUAAUUAAACUUUUAGUAUUGUAAGAGCUGAUUAAUUACCCUGGAGUCACCCCCCGGCCCCCCUUCGGUCACCACCUACUAGUUAAUUAAUACAAACAUGGUGGUGAUCAGGGGUUAAGUUAGAAUCAGAGACAUGGGGGGGGGCGGGGGGCUGUUGGGUACAAAGUAGAGGGGGGGGGGGCAUUCUGAAUAAGCCACUUUGAACAUUAAUUUCAUACUAAUCCUAUGUUUUAUGGUCACAGUAUUAACGAUGCAGUAUGUUCGUGUAUCAGCAUACAGCUACCAUUUUAAAGCAAUAUAAAAUAAACUAAAAAUGUGAUCAAAAGUUAUCUUUAUUUGAUAUGAUUAUUGUACAUAAUGCAUAGUCAAAUGUACUGAAAUCUUUUGAAACAUGUACAGUUGUGUUCAAAAUAAUAACAGUCCGACGUCACUAACCUGAUCUGUCACUGUUUUUGGUAGAAAUUCAUUUUCUACCUUUUUCUACAUGGCAAAUAAUGUGCUAGUAGGUGUAGUAGAAUAAUAGAGAACCAAUAGACAUGACAUGCAUGCUGCUGGUUCUGUGUAAUUGAACCAUUAAUUGAAAGGGGCGUGUUCAAAUUAAUAGCAGUGUGAUGUUAAAUUAGUAAGGUAAUUCAAUCUGUGAAAAAACAGGUGCCAAUUACAUCCCUUAUUUAAGGAAGGAAGGCAGCAAAUGUUCAUGCUGGUUAUAGUGCAUUUCUCAGAAAAUCUCAGUAAAAAUGGGUCGUUCCAGAUAUCGUUCAGAAGAACAGCGUACUUUGAUUAAAAAGUUGAUUGGAGAGGGGAAAACAUAUAAAGAAGUGCAGAAAAUGAUAGGCUGCUCAGCUAAAAUGAUCAAAAAUGCUUUAAAAUGGCAACCAAAACCUAAAAGACGUGGAAGAAAACGGAAAACUAUCAUUCAAAUGGAUCGAAGAAUAGCCAAAAUGGCAAAGACUCAGCCAAUGAUCAGCUCCAGGAAGAUCAAAGAAGGUCUCCAGUUACCUGUGAGUCCUGUUACAAUCAGAUGACGCCUAUAUGAAGCCAAGCUAUCUGCAAAAAGCCCUCGCAAAGUCCCAUUUCUGAAAAAAGACACGUGCUGAAGAGGUUACAAUCUGCCAAAGAGCACAUUGACUGGCCUAAGGACAAAUGGCACAACAUUUUGUGGACUGAUGGAAGCAAGGUUGUUCUGUUUGGGUCUAGUGGCUGCAGGCAGUUUGUCAAAAGACCGCCAAAUACUGAAUUCAAGCCACAGUACACUGUGAAGACAGUGAAGCAUGGUGCCGCAAGCAUCAUGUUAUGGGGAUGUUUCUCAUACUACGGCGUCGGGCCUAAUUAUCGCAUGGAUCAGUUCGAGAACAUUAAAAUACUUGAAGAGGUCAUGUUGCCGUAUGCCGAAGAGGAAAUGCCCUUGAAAUGGGUGUUUGAGCAAGACAACAACCCCAAACACACCAGUAAAAGAGCAAACCGGACCUUAAUCCAAUAGAAAACUUGUGGGGUGACACCAAACAUGCUGUGUCUUAGGCAAAACCAAGAAAUGCUGAAGAAUUGUGGAAUGUAGUCCAGUCAUCCUGGGCUGGAAUAGCUGUUCUCAGGUGCCAGAAGCUGGUCGACUCCAUGCAACACAGAUGUGCAGCAGUUCUCAGAAACAGUGGUUAUACAACUAAAUAUUCAAAGGGAAGCUAAAUCUUCAGUUUACACAGUAAAUGUUUGCGUUUGUAAAGAAGGAUGCAGACCCUGCUCAUUUUUUGAACAGCCUAAUAUUCCUUUUUGG